GAGACAGAUGACCAGCUCCAGGCUAUGAUGAAUCGAAUAGCCUUUCUCGCGCAAGAGGAGCUGCGCCUAGACCGCGACAUAGAAGCCGCUCGCCGCAAAGCAGCGGAAGCGUUGGCACGGCAGGCAACGCGGGACCAGGAAAUUGCGGCAACUGCCAAGGACGUGCUCGCGGUGAUGCCAACAGCCCCAGCGCCCAAGCUGCGGCCACAUACGGGCCGUUCUGCGCUCCUGGCCUCUCUGUCGGAAGGCUCGGGCGGUGCCGCCGCCGCGGCAGCCACCAGCUUGCGCUCCUCCGUAGUUGCCCAGAGCUCUUCCAAAAGCCUGGGCGAUGGUGCAGCAGGGGCACAUGGUACAGCAGGCGCAGGGACCACGGAGCGGCGAGGAUCGGGGGCAGCGGCGGGAACCAGCGGGCGGGCGUCAUUAGAGGGCCCCGGCGCAGGGGCUGCAGGGGCGGGGGCGCAUGGCAUGCCGCCGCGCGCCCCCAGCGCCUCUCGCGGGAGACCUCCGGUGCCAGUGGGUCGCGCGGCCGACAAACUGAACAAGCUGCCACCCGUGGCGCCGCCAGGCAGCACCUCCCUGCGCUCAGCCUCGCCGGGCGCCGCCGGGCGCCCACCCAGCGCCGCCCGCCCCGGCACCGCCUCGCGCCGCGGCACGUCCUCCUCCCCCGCCUCCGCCGCCGCCUCGCCGCCCACCUCCGCCCCCGGCGGACCCCUGCUGCGGCGGCCCUCCUCCUCUGGCUCCACGGGUUCAGGGCCACGGGGUGCAGCGACGGCAGCCUCAGCGUCAGUAGCAGGGGCAGGGGCAGGAGGGCCGGUCGUGUCAGCAGCACCAGCGCGCGGCUCCUCUGCGGAAGCGGAUCCGGACCUCGUGCUGGGAGCCGGCGCCGGCGGCGGCUCGCGCGCCAGCGGGCUGCAGCAUCUACCCGGGACAUCAGGGCACGGGCAGGGGCACGGGCAGGAGUGGGAGGGUGGUGAUCUGGGCGCAGGCGGCGCCUGGGCGGCGGGCAACGGCGGCGGCCGGAAUGCCAUGGCGGUCAUUCACGGCGGCGCGGGCGGCGAGGGCGCGCACGGAGCGGAGCUGGAUGCGGAGGUCAUUGAGGAGCUGGCGCACGGGCACGGGCACGGAUCAGCAGCGGGAGGAGCAGGGGCGGGCGGUGCCGGGCCGUCCGGGCUUCAGGAGUUCGCCACGGAGUCGGGGCGGCGUGUGGUGCAGGUCAAGGGCUCCAGCCGCAAGGGCGACGGGGGCGUCGUGUCCGCCGCGGGCGUGGGCUGGGGCAUGGGCGGGCGGCCGGGAGCCGCCGGCGCCACCACCAUUGCUCCCAGGGAAGCCAAAGCACUGCAGGCUGAGCUGGCAAAGAAGCAGUCGAUCUGGAAGGUUCGGAGGACCUUUGGUCUGGAUCCCACGCCCAUGUCAGACCGAACCGCACAGGUGGAGGAGCUGGGUGCCGGAGCCUGGCAAUAGCGUGGCGUGGUGCUAUGGAUGCAGUCAUGCAGGGGCAUGGCAGUAGCAAGGGGGCAUGGUUGCAUGGCAGUAGCGGAGAGCGGCUGUGAAUGCAGAGUGGUUGCAGGGCGGUUGCAGCGCAGUCUCAAAAGUUGUGGUCGUUUGACUUUGAUGGACUGCCGUCGGGCUUGGCGUAGGUAGGAGCACCAGCAGAGUAGGGCGGGAAGGCAGCUUGGGCAGAGGCAGGAACAGGCAGGAGUGAGUGAGGGAAUAGCUGGCACGUAUAGGGUUGGCGCGGGAGUGUACCAGUGCGCACGCAGCCGUGCAAUUCACAGUACCGUUUGACAAACGAUGUAGGUCAUACGCUUUGGUGUAUAACUGAUGGCUCCAAACCUAAUGCCUAAAAUACAUUGAGACGGCGGCGACGCGGCGCUGGGAAGCGAGAAGGUAUUGGAGCCGGCCGUGGCUGACGGGGCAGCUGCCGGCAGCAGCUGGCCGGAAACGGAAGAGUUUAGCGUGGGCGGAGGCGAGGCGUCGCAGUGACCGGUAGCGACUGACCUAGAUUUACACUGACGUGGGUGUGAGGGAAGGGCAUUGGCACACCACAUGCCCCCACUCCGCCUCCUGGCGACCUUGGUAUGUCGUUCAUUUGCGCCUGCGUGCGAAUUAUUCAUCCAUAUGCACUAGUAGGCCUACAGUGCUCCUCGCGCGAUGCGAGGUGCGGGUUGGGCAACAGGAAGUCAGCUGGCGCGUGCACCAGUUGAUGACCAGCACUUUGGCAGUCGGUAUUCAACCUGUGUAUGUAAGGCUGGAGUCGU